AUGGCCAAACCUUUCUUCCGACUCCAGAAGUUUCUCCGCCGGACGCAGUUCCUGCUCUUCUUCCUCACGGCCGCCUACCUGAUGACCGGCAGCCUGCUGCUGCUGCAGCGGGCCCGCGUGGGCCUCCCACCGGGCCCCCGGGCCCCUGGCCCGCUGCAGGCCCUGCCCGUGGCCGCUGUGGCACUGGGCGUGGGCCUACUGGACAGCCGAGCCCUGCAUGACGCCCGGGUCAGCCCGGAGCUGCUGCUCGGCGUGGACGUGCUGCGGGGCCCCCUGGCCCGGCCCCGGCCCGGCCCCCGCUGGCUCCGCAGCCGCAACUCGGAGUUGCGCCAGCUGCGGCGUCGCUGGUUCCAUCACUUCAUGGGGGACCCCCCGGGGCCGCCCGUGCUGAGCCCCGAGGCCCCCCAGGCAGCCACCAGCAGCCGAGGUACCUAUAUGGGAUGCUUCAGUGAUGAUGGCCAGGAGCGUACUCUGAAGGGGGCUGUGUUUUUUGACUUGAGAAAGAUGACCGUCGCCCACUGCCAGGAUGCAUGCGCUGAGCGGUCCUACAUCUACGCUGGCUUGGAGGCCGGGGCUGAGUGCUACUGUGGGAACCGACUCCCAGCGAUGAGCGUCGGGCCGGAGGAGUGUAACCACGAGUGCAAAGGGGAGAAGAGCUCCGUGUGCGGAGGGGUGGGCCGGCUCUCCGUGUACCGCGUGGAGGAACUGCAGCCCGGCUCCAGGAAGCGGAGGACCGUCACGUACCGAGGCUGCUUCCGACUGCCGGAGAACAUCACGCAUGCCUUCCCCAACUCCCUGGUACAGGCCAACAUGACUGUGGAGACGUGCUCCGGAUUCUGCUCCCAGAAAGAGUUCCCCUUGGCCAUCCUCCGAGGCUGGGAGUGCUACUGUGCUUACUCUACCCCCCAGUUCAACCUGCGGGAUGCCGUGGACAGAUCGCUGUGUGGCCAGGAAUCUGAGGCCCAGAGGCUGGCGGAGUACUGCGAGGUCUACCAGACCCCUGUGCAGGACACUCGAUGCACAGACCGGAGGUUCCUGCCCACCAAAUCCAAGGUGUUUGUGGCUCUGUCGAGCUUCCCCGGAGCUGGGAACACGUGGGCGCGGCACCUCAUCGAGCAUGCCACCGGCUUCUAUACAGGCAGCUACUACUUCGACGGAACUCUCUACAACAAAGGGUUCAAGGGUGAGAAGGACCACUGGCGCAGCCGGCGUACCAUCUGCGUGAAGACCCAUGAGAGUGGCAGGAGGGAGAUUGAGAUGUUCGACUCGGCCAUCCUGCUCAUCCGGAACCCGUACAGGUCCCUGGUGGCCGAGUUCAACAGGAAAUGCGCCGGGCACCUGGGCUAUGCAGCUGACCGCAACUGGAAGAGCAAAGAGUGGCCGGACUUUGUCAACAGCUACGCGUCGUGGUGGUCCUCGCACGUGCUGGACUGGCUGAAAUAUGGCAAACGACUGCUGGUGGUUCACUACGAGGAGCUGAGGCGCAGCCUGGUGCCCACGCUGCGGGAGAUGGUGGCCUUCCUCAACGUGUCCGUGAGCGAGGAGCGCCUGCUCUGCGUGGAGAACAACAAGGAAGGCAGCUUCCGGCGGCGCGGCCGGCGCCCGCACGACCCCGAGCCCUUCACCCCCGAGAUGAAGGACUUGAUCAACGGCUACAUCCGGACGGUAGAUCAGGCCCUGCGCGACCACAACUGGGCCGGGCUGCCCCGGGAGUACGUGCCCAGAUGA